UCUCGCACAGCUCGGGGGGAGCAUCUCGCGUGCUCUCCAGCAGAUGAGCAAUGCGACGGUGAUCGACGAGAAGGUUCUGAAGGAGUGCCUCAACGAGAUCACGCGAGCUCUUGUCCAGGCCGAUGUUCAAUUCAAGCUGGUGUGCGACAUGCAGACCAACAUCAAGAAGAUUGUCAACCUCGAAGAUCUCGCCGCUGGUCACAACAAGCGCAAAAUCAUCCAACAAGCUGUGUUUAACGAACUAUGUAAAAUGCUGGAUGCUGGGAAGCCUUCUUUCACUCCAAAAAAGGGGAAGCCAAGUGUCGUCAUGUUUGUUGGUUUACAAGGAUCUGGAAAAACCACAACUUGUACAAAGUAUGCGUAUUAUCAUCAGAAGAAGGGCUGGAAGCCAGCACUUGUAUGUGCAGAUACAUUCAGAGCCGGUGCAUUUGAUCAAUUGAAGCAAAAUGCCACUAAAGCUAAGAUCCCUUUCUAUGGAAGUUACAUGGAGUCAGAUCCUGUGAAAAUUGCUGUGGACGGUGUAGAAAGAUUCAAAAAAGAAAACUGUGAUCUCAUAAUCGUUGAUACCAGUGGACGGCACAAACAAGAAGCUGCUCUUUUUGAAGAAAUGCGUCAAGUUUCAGAAGCAACGAAACCAGAUCUUGUCAUAUUUGUUAUGGAUAGCAGUAUCGGUCAGGCUGCUUUUGAUCAGGCUCAGGCGUUUAAGCAGAGUGUUGCAGUUGGAGCUGUAAUUGUUACUAAAAUGGAUGGCCAUGCAAAGGGUGGUGGUGCUCUUAGUGCUGUUGCGGCAACAAAGAGUCCUGUCAUAUUCAUUGGAACGGGAGAACACAUGGAUGAGUUUGAAGUUUUUGAUGUUAAACCUUUUGUAAGCCGACUGUUAGGCAUGGGUGAUUGGUCUGGGUUUAUGGACAAAAUUCAUGAAGUCGUUCCUAUGGAUCAACAGCCAGAACUGCUUCAAAAGCUGUCUGAAGGAAACUUCACCUUGAGGAUUAUGUAUGAGCAGUUCCAAAUCAUACUUAAAAUGGGCCCUAUCAGCCAGGUGUUUUCCAUGCUUCCAGGAUUUAGUGCUGAAUUAAUGCCAAAAGGCCGUGAGAAAGAAAACCAGGCAAAAAUUAAGCAUUACAUGACAAUGAUGGACUCAAUGACAAAUGAAGAGUUGGACAGUUCAAACCCAAAGAUCAUGAAUGAAUCUCGGAUAAUGCGAAUUGCUCGGGGCUCUGGUCGUCAAGUAAGGGAAGUAAUGGAUAUGUUUGAAGGAUACAAGCGUCUUGCAAAAAUCAGGAGCAAAAUGAAAGGGCUUAAAUUCCCAAAGAAGGGUGACAUGAGUGCCCUAUCUCGAAAUAUGAAUGCCCAACAAAUAGGUGGCAUGGGCGGGCUACAGAGCUUGAUGAAGCAGAUGGGAUCUGCAAAAGACAUGAUGGGAAUGUUUGGUGGUGGCAAUUAGUUUAAUGAACCUGGCCUUAUGCUCUGUUUAGUGGAUUUCUGAAUGUGGAUUGAAAUUAAAUUGUUGAUUUUGUGUUGUUAAAACUCUUCUGCUGCUCUUUUUAAUUUCUGAGGAAGUGGUGAAGUGGAGAAGAAGGAAUAACAGUGGUCGUCGUCUGGUGGCCGUCCUGCUGUCGCGCUCAACUGCUCAGAUCGAAGGUCGGUGCACAUUGCUAGUGCUUGUUCUUCUUUUUUUGUGCUCUGUUCAGAAGUGAGAACGAAGGGUUUAGGAUUUUACUACUGUUAAUGCUAUUUGUUGAAUGAUUAACUCUGCUGCUACUGCUGGGUUGUACUCUGUUUGGUUGUUUUUUUUAUGCUGUAUUGAAAAAAAAAUUAUGCUUAAACUUUGAUAAUUCUUUGUUAAUUUAUGUUAAAAUUUUGAUCAA